CUACCGCCGGCUUCACUUGUACACUUAAUGCAUGGACAUUUUUUAACUCGACGUAAACUUUAGUUGCCACGUGCUUGUGUCGAAAUUUGUAAAAAAAACAACGCAGUCUCAGGGCAAUAAAUAUACCGCGGAAAAAUCAUGGAGUGCUUCAUCAGCUAGGAUAAUAUAGUAGUCUGAAUUGAGGACAUGUUGUUAUUUUCUCAACGACCAGAUCGGUAUCUCAUCAUAUGGGUCUUUCAAAUAUUAACCGUCAUUUGUGCAGUUCUGACGGAUGACCCCAAUUUUGCAGAACCUAUACCAAAUGUUACGGUGUCUUUAGGCAGAGACGCAUCGCUGCCAUGUGUAGUCAACAAUCUUGGCACGUAUAAGGUUGCAUGGAUACACAUAGAUCGUCAAAUGAUAUUAACUAUUCAUCGCCAUGUCAUUGCACGGAUUCCAAGGUUCGGAAUAACACACGACAGCCAAAAAACUUGGUUGCUACACGUAAAAGGAGCUCAACCAGAAGAUAGAGGCUAUUAUAUGUGCCAAGUCAACACAAAUCCAAUGAUAAGUCAAGUUGGAUACUUACAAGUAGUUGUUCCUCCGAACAUUAUUGAUGAUGAAAGUUCUGCUUCAUCAGUAUCCGUCCGGGAAAACCAAAAUCUUUCAUUAACGUGCAAAGCCGAAGGAUCGCCAACUCCAAAAAUUAGUUGGAAAAGAGAAGACGGCGGUCACAUAGCAACAGAUCGUAAAAGAAAAGUUGAAAAGCUGCAAGGUGACACACUUAAUUUGACAAGAGUUACCAGAGCUGAUAUGGGUGCUUAUCUUUGUAUAGCAAGUAACGGAGUACCACCUUCAGUCAGCAAACGCAUCAUACUUGAUGUUGAAUUUUCACCAAUGAUAUGGGUUCCAAAUCAGCUUGUUGGUGCGCCAUCCGGCACAGAUGUGACAAUAGACUGCCAAACAGAAGCACAUCCAAAAUCGAUAAACUACUGGUCGUUUCAAGAUUCGAAAACUAUGUUGUUUCAAAACAAAAAAUAUGUGACGUCUGAUACUGAAAACAGUUAUCGGAUUCACAUGAAGCUCACCAUAAAAGAUUUAAGUCAGUCGGAUUUCGGCAAUUAUAAAUGCAUAUCAAAAAAUUCGUUGGGCGAGACAGAAGGUUCCAUUAGACUUUAUGAAAUACCUAAGCCAUCUUUGGCGCCAAAAAGUUCCUUUGAGCUGAAUAAAAGCAAUAAAGAUGUAAUAAGGCCAACAAAAGCACCCGUGGUGAAAACUACGACAGGUCAGUCUGCUCGGGAAAACCGACAGCAACAGCCACGUCCUAUCUGGCCCACCACUCCCGGAAAACAUGAAAUUUCAGGAAACUGGGGAUCUAGUGGAUAUAGCCGAUCUCAGAUUAUGAUAACGACAUUUGGCGUAAUCACUUGCUUCACUUCAUCACACCACAUACCAUAAUUGUAUACAAUAACUUGAACCAUUAUUAAAAUUAGACGUUGUAAAAUACAUAUAUAAAUAUAUAUAUACUCAAUAAGAAUAAAUGUUAUAAAUUUAAAAUAAUUAAUUAAAUCGUGAAUUGUGAAUAAAUGAUUAGACAUUUCAACCAAGUGGUACUAGAAAUUAAGUCUUAUGAUAUGUAUAAAAAUUACUAACAUGAAUAUUUUUUAAAUGCUAGUUAAUAUAAAUUAAUUUUUAUUUACUAUGUAUUUUAAUAUCUAUUGAGAGUAUGUUCUUAAUUAUUUGAUUUAUUGAAAUAUUUAAAAUUAAUUUGUUGAAAAUGCAAAUAAGUCAAUACUGUUUAACAGUUGUCCUUUAAAUAUUUUUUAUUAGAACAUUAUUAACCAUCUGUUUAACGGUUAAUAUGUCAAUUAAAUAUUUGCAUUUCAUAAGUAAAAACGUUCAAACAUAAAUUUAUCAAUUUAAGUUUGUUUGAUAUAUGCUGUGAGUAAUACAUAGGCAAUUGCAUACCUUUAAAUAUCAUCUUUUGUACUACAAUUCUCAUUAAAAUAUUAUGUAAAGGAGUGUGGUUAUUUUGACAAUUCAAUAUUGAUUAAACCCACGCAAAACACAUUGAUUUUAAAUGUCAAGUUUCUGGCGACAAAGUUUUGCAUGAUAAUAUAUUUAAAAAAAUUCUUUUUUGAAUAAUUUCUAUUGUUAUAAAUUAUGAUAUUAAUUAGAAAAUAUAAUUUGUUGAUUUUAUAAAUAAUAAAUUACUUAAUCAUUUUAA